AACUGGUGGCAGUCGUGUCCCAGCGCUUCAAACUAACAGACGUGCAGACUUACACAUAGAGAGAGAAGAGAGCCAGCCAGCCAGCCAGCCCACCGACGCUUAAAAAGAAAACCAAAUAGCCAUAAAGUAAACGCGAAUAAAAUUCAAAUCAAAGUGCGUGUGUAACAAAGUGAAUCGUUCAAGUGCAAUUUCAAUUGGAAAAAGAGAACCCGUUUUGCAAACAUGUCCCUCGUAUCUGCUGCAGCCGUCAGCUUACGCCUACGCCAGCGCUCUGUCGCCGCCACGCGCUCCAUAGCCACCAGUUGGCAGCAGAGGAACACGGCCAGCGUUGAGCAUGCCCCAAGCAUUGGAGAGCGCGACAAGUGUCUGCUCUACAGUCCCGUCGAGGGCUACUACAAGACCUCGCCCUAUGAGCCCGUCAAGGUGCCCAAUGUACCGUUGCAUGAAUAUGUCUGGCGCGACUUUAAGAAAUGGGAAAACAAAACUGCAGCGGUCUGCGUUAUCACCGAUCGCCAGUAUACAUUUGCCCAGAUGCGCGAUGCAAGCGCCGCUCUUGCCGUAAGGCUGCAGACCAAGUUUAAGUUGGCCAAGCCCGAUGUGCUGGCCAUAUGUCUGCCCAAUAUGCCGGAGUAUCCGAUCGCCGCACUGGGCGCCAUUGAGGCUGGCCUAGCCGUGACCACAAUCAAUCCGGUUUACACCGCAGAGGAAAUUGCACGUCAGCUAAACUUUAGCGAGGCCAAGUUCCUGGUGGGCAGCGUGGGUGGCUUCAAUACGCUGCGUGAGGCUUGCCAGCUGACCAAGAAGCAAAUACCAAUUGCCGUGGUGCGGAGCACGGCGCAGGAGUCGCUGCCAGCGGGCGCCAUUGACUUCAUGGAUCUGAUUAGCACCGAGAAUGUGCGCUACGAUGAGCUGAGUGUGCCAAAGGAUGCCAGUGGCACGGAUAUGGUCUUCCUGCCGUUCAGCUCGGGCACCACUGGGCUGCCCAAGGGCGUCGUCUUGUCCCACAAUAACAUUGGCAGCAACUGUGAGCAGGUGGCGGGUGCUCUGCCCAUUGAUUCGCUGGUGUUCCAGGAUACGCUGCCGGCGGUGCUGCCAUUCUUCCACAUUUAUGGGCUGACUGUGGUGAUGCUAUCGAAGCUGAGUCUGGGCUGUCGGCUGGCGACGAUGCCAGCGUUCAAGCCAGAUGAUUUUAUCAAGUCGCUGGAUCACUACCAGGGCAGCAUACUCAAUCUGGUGCCGCCCAUAGCGCUCUUCAUGCUAAACAAUCCCAAGCUAACGCCGGAGCUUUGCCCAUCGCUGCGUGUUGUUAUGACUGGCGCUGCGCCCAUUGGCCAGCAGGAUGUGGAGCGUUUUCUACAAAAAUUCCCGCGCGUGCGUUUUAUGCAGGGCUAUGGCAUGACGGAGGCUUCACCGGUGGUGCUAAUGACGGCCGAGGGCAACACGCGCUACGCCUCUUGCGGCGUCUUGCCUGGCAGCACGGAGGCCAAGAUUGUGCCACUGGAUGGCGGCGACAGCAAGGGCGUGGGCGCCGGCAGCACUGGCGAAUUUUGUGUGCGUGGGCCGCAGGUCAUGUCCGGCUAUUUGAACAAUGAGGAGGCCAAUGAGUUGACCUUCUAUCCGGGCGGCUGGCUGCGCACUGGCGAUGUGGCCUACUUCGAUGAGGAUGGUCUAUUCUAUAUAACCGAUCGCAUGAAGGAGCUGAUCAAGGUCAAGGGCUUUCAAGUGCCGCCCGCUGAGCUGGAGGCAGUGCUGCGGGAUCAUCCCAAAGUGCUGGAAGCUGCCGUCUUUGGCAUUCCGCAUGAGCUAAACGGCGAAGCGCCGCGUGCUUUGGUCGUUCUGCGUCAGAAUGAAAAGGCCACAGCCGAAGAGAUUGCCAACUAUGUGGCCGAGCGUGUGGCGCAUUAUAAGAAACUUGAGGGUGGCGUCAUCUUUGUGGAUGAGGUGCCCAAGAAUCCGACAGGCAAAAUUAUGCGCAAGGAUCUCAAGGCAAAGUAUUCGGACUGAGCAAAAGUCGCCACGCUCCCACACCUCCCCCCUCACACUUGUUUGUAAGUAUAGCUAAGCUCCUUUUGUUGAUAAACAAAUGCAAUUUUUUUUGUUUUUUUUUUUCUACAAAUGCAUAGUACGCAUUUUGCAUUUAGACUUAGAAUCGUAGGCUCGAUUGGUCCAUAGUCGUUAAGCUAGCUUAGGAUUGCGUGUACCUAUUCCCAAACAAUCUUUACUAUAGUUUAUAAUCA